GUGCAGAGGCUUCUGGGAGCCGAAGCGGUAAUUGUGUCUGGAUGGUCUGCGGGGGCUGCAGCGUCGGACCUCGGCUAAACGUAAAAGAUGACCACAGCAGCCAGGCCAACUUUUGAACCUGCCAGAGGUGGAAGAGGAAAAGGGGAAGGUGAUUUGAGCCAACUCUCAAAGCAGUAUUCAAGCAGAGACCUACCCUCUCAUACAAAGAUAAAAUACAGACAGACAACUCAGGAUGCUCCUGAAGAGGUGCGCAACCGUGACUUCAGGAGAGAGUUGGAAGAAAGAGAGAGAGCUGCUGCAAGAGAGAAAAAUAGAGAUCGUCCAACCCGAGAACAUACAACCUCCUCUUCAGUGUCCAAAAAGCCUCGGUUAGACCAGAUUCCUGCUGCCAACCUUGAUGCAGAUGACCCUCUAACAGAUGAAGAAGAUGAAGAUUUUGAAGAAGAAAGUGAUGAUGAUGAUACUGCAGCUCUUCUUGCAGAACUGGAAAAAAUUAAAAAAGAAAGAGCUGAGGAGCAAGCCAGGAAGGAACAAGAGCAAAAAGCCGAAGAAGAAAGGAUUCGUAUGGAGAAUAUUCUGAGUGGAAAUCCUCUCUUAAAUCUCACUGGCCCAUCCCAGCCUCAGGCCAACUUCAAAGUUAAAAGAAGGUGGGAUGACGAUGUUGUCUUCAAGAACUGUGCAAAAGGUGUAGAUGAUCAGAAGAAAGACAAAAGAUUUGUAAAUGAUACACUGCGAUCUGAGUUUCACAAAAAGUUCAUGGAGAAAUAUAUUAAGUAGUACAGUUUUAUGUGCUUAAUUAAAGACUGUAAAAUGUGAAGGAUCA